AUGGCCAGGCUGGGUUACCUGGGUCUACUGAGUCUGCUACAGAAAAUUGCUCUGUGGGAAUGGGUGACCAGGCUGGGUUACAUGGGUCUACUGAGUCUGCUACAGAAAAUUGCUCUGUGGGAAUGGGUGACCAGGCUGGGUUACAUGGGUCUACUGAGCUAUCCAAAAGCCGGCUACGUUAGAUUUAACGGAGCUCGCUACAAAAGCUUUACUGAAAGAAAGACACGUGGUGAGGCUGUACAGGCUUGUGCAGCAGACGGGGGAACUCUUGCCAUGCCGAAGAACAGCCCGACCAAUACUUUCCUCGCUAACCUAGCAAAGGUUGUAAAGAGUCGCUGGAUUGGUCUGACUGACGCCAACAAGGACGGCCAUUGGGUGUUUGAAGACGGCCAAACCCUGGAGUCAUCCGGGUAUGCCAACUGGCGCCCCGGUGAGCCGAAGCCGCCCAACCCCCGCGGCGGCUGCGCUGGAUUUUGGUCCCGUGGAUCCUCCUGGAGUGAGCAAGACUGCAACUUCCGCAGGGGAUUCAUCUGCCAGCUAAGUGAAGGUGUUUAA